UCGCGUCCAGUGUGCGACGGUGGUGGGCGGUGCGUUGAAACAAUCGCGAAAUGCGCGAUCCGCACGCCGGAUCAUCGGUGGAAACGUCAGUUUUGAAAAGCCCCGUUCGGAAGGAAAUCGCCUAACAGACAAAACACCCACACUACCAAAUGCUAUGGCAACUAGAGAAAAGAAGACUCCAGUCAGUAACAAGAAGCAGUCCUUAAUUGCGAAAGACAUGCCCUGCGACACUACUCAAGAAAAUGACAAGAAAACGCCGAAAACCACAAAAGUGCCGAUUGGGAAGAAACUCGCCGCCAAGAAGGUCGUAAAGAAACCGGGUCUGGCCAUCAAACUGAAGGCCAAAGCUAAACAGAAUGCGCCCAUAAAGAAAAUCACAAAGACGAUUUUAAAGAACGCCAAGACUCUCGACGCCAAAAAGAAAUUACUAAACAACGGCGUUACGGAAGUCAAAAAGCAACCUCGCAGUCGCAAGAAAAAAGAUGAUGCAACAGAAACAACUGAACCAAAGAAGAAGUCCGGUAAAAAGGUUGUGAAACCUGUGGACGUUAAAAUCGAAAACGAGGAAUUGUCCAAUGCCAGUGACGUAACGGACACUUCGAACGUGGAAAUUGCCAGACCGGGUUCGAGGAACAGAAUAAAGAAAAUUAAAGUUGAACCCGAGCCGGUGGAAGAUAUAUCGUUUUUAAUAAAGCCGGAGUACAUUAAGCCUGACCCCGAUGCUUCGUCGGAAACCGGCAAAACGGAUCCGGUUAAGCCUAAGAGGCUCACGAAAAAACAAAAACUGGAGCUGGCUCAAAAGUGUAUUAAGAAAGAGGUUCUAGACUCUUCGGCACAGGAAGUGAUAGACCGAUUGGACUUAAACGUAAAAAAAGCGAAGGCAAAAGCGCCCAUACAAAGGCGGAGACACAGCAUUGAAAAAUUCCCUGUAGGCAGCAUAGAAAAUCUGGACCAAACAAUAUCUAUAUUCAGUCAAUUACCCCGAAGUAUCAGUCCGCGAUCAAAGCGUAAUGCCAAAGUAAGGCAAAGCAUCGACGGUUUGAGACGCUCCAGUCCCUACACUAGAUCUGAUUCCCCCGCAAGGAUGCUUAGGAAUGGAAAACAGAGGAAACUUAAAGAUCUGAAUUUGUUAGAAGGGCUCAGUCAGAAAAAACGACGAAGACUUUGCUCAGAUUUGAGUGGAAGUGAAAUGUCUGUCUCUAAAAUGUCGGGUUAUGAGUCGGACAGUAGCUUUUCAGAUUUGGCGUCGUUGCAUGGUGCUGAAACUGGAGAGAUGGACUUGAAAGCGGACGGUGUCGAAUCUGAUGACAAAGCAAUUAUUCCUGCCAGUAAGAUAAAGAGAAGUCUAUCUACCGACACUGCCAUAAGUGGACCAAUUGACAAUUUAACCGACACGAAUUCAAAUAUUUACAAUGAUAGUAAUUCGUUAGAUAUUAAUUUGAAUGAUAAAAAGAUUAAAGCCGAAGAAAAAUCCGAAGAGGAACUAAUAAAAUCAAUUGCAGUCACUCCCAGUGUCAAAGUUCCAGAAAAAUCUUUUCUACUGGAUAUAAUGAAACAAACGUUUAACAGCGAUAGUGAGAAAAAAGAAGAAACGGUGGUUGACCCAUCGACUAAUUUUGAAAGCACCCCAGAAAACGUUGAAUCAGUUGAAAUGAGCGAAGAACUCAAUAAUAAAUCAGAAGAAACUACUGAGGAAACUGAACAGAUGGAUUUGGAUAAUGGAGCGCUCACAGACGAAAACAUUAAAAGGAUUAAAUUAAUUCCACCUCAAGAAGUAAGUCAAUUAUCGAUUGCUGAUGAAACUGAAAUAGAGUCGAAAGAAGUAUCGGAGGCCAUCGAAGAAGAUACUGAUGAUCCAAAAAUCACCAUGGAUCACGAACAGUCAGAAGAAAACUUAGAAGAAGCCGUUAAUAUCGAGCAAUCCGAGUUCAUGAAUGAAGAAGAAGAAACAGAAGCAAUUAACGAAAAACAAGACGAAGACUCAACUGAAAAAUUGGAAGAACUUCAGGAACCUAUGGACGAAACCGCAGACCAAGACGAACAUACAGAACAAUCUCUCGCAGGAGUUUACGAGGAUGAGGAAUUAAAUCAACUUUCUACUGAGCUAACACAAAUAAUUGAAAGUCAACCUGAAGCAGACGACAAUGAGGCAAAAACAGAAGAACAACAAGAAUCUUCUGAAGAAGUACCCGAAGAUGCGGACAAAAUGGACGUCGAAGAUGACGCACCUCCGGUUUUAGAAGCCGUAAAUAAUCUAGAAAAUAACAAGAUUGAAGUCCACGAAGAAGAAUCGGAAGCCGACGAACCCGAAUCGAGUCACGUCGAUGAGCCGAUGCCAGUUCUCGAAUCCUCCGUGCCCGAAGAACCCGACAACGAUAAGGAAAACGAUGCGGGCAAGUCUCCGAACAAUGAGGAGUCGGCGGAGGACAAAGCCCUGAAGGAGAACAUACUGCAGGCUUUAGGAUUACAGAGCUUGCAGGCGGCCGAAGAGGCGAAGCAAAAUCAAAAAGGAAAGGAGAAGGGCCAGAAGAACGACAAUUACACUGGCACCCUCAAGACUGUGAUCAAAAUUAACAGGGACAAGGGGGAGAAGAAGAAGGGCAGGAACUCGCUGAAGAUGACGCUCCAGAAGAGCAAAGUCAAGGCGGGAGAUUCAGAAUCCGGUGGGACGGAGGAAGGAUAUAAGAUCAUGAAAGAGAGUGCAUCAACAAGUUGGAAGCAUGGCACGAAUUCGUCGGAUACCGCUGGUGCGCACCGCCACAAGUCUCAUUAUUCUAACAGAUCUAACCUGGACGGCAGUAGCGAGCACACAUCUGAUGGAGAGGCCAAUUCACAAGAGGGCACCGCCAAAGCCCUCGUUAUUCCUGAGAAAGCCAGCUCCUUCAGUAUACAUCCGGGUAGAUUGUGCAAGGACGAGUGUUCGUACUGUUUCGGCAAGUUCGGUCUCUUCGACACGCCCUGUCACAUCGCCCAAAUGAAGAACGUCGACCGGCAAGACAGAAUUUUAGCCACCGAAAAACAUCUGACCAGGGACUCGUGCCUGUGCGACGCUUGCUACAGACACGUCGAUAGAAAAUCCAACACGCCGUCGUACACCAAUAAAUCUAUGAAGCGCAAUUCCCUGGUGGCGCCGGGUCCACGACAGAAUCACUGCCACGUGUUGGGCUGUGAGAAAGUCUCCACCAACAUAUUGAGAAGAAAAUGGAUAAUCAAAAUGAGAAAAAGUAUUUGCCAAGUGAUUAACAUCGACUUAGACAAUCCGGGUCUGCAUUCGAUCCCGAUAUGCGACGAGCACUAUUCAGCUCUGGAGCAUUUGAUGGUAUGCGGCAUGUGCAAGAGGAGAUUGGCCAGGAACCACAUCCAUUAUCUGGGUCCUGAAACUGCCGAUUUGAACAAGGCGCUGAAAGAAGAAGGCGUACCAUUAACGUUAUCUGAUAAACCGGUGGUUUGUAAACUUUGUAAGUGUUUCGCGGCCAUGAUUCUGAAGAAACCGGACGAAAGACCCGAGAACAGUAUGAAUUUCUUCAAUGAAUACAAGAAAAGACUGCUCCAUUUCAAUGACAUCGUACCGAUGGACGAGGCGGCCGCCGAAGAGCCGAUCAUCGUCCCAACCAAACAAGAGAAAGAAGCCCCCAAAAAAAAAAAGAAAUCAUCAAAAUCAGACGCCACUGAAGAGUGGUGUCAGGAACAACCGGACCAGAAUAGAGUGCCUUCAACAAGCCCAAGCCGUGCAGAAUCGCCGGCGGAUUUCAAUUCGGUCGAUUACAAUACGCUCAUUCCGGCUAUUGCGAUGGACUGUGAUAGUGACAGUGACACUAAAAAGGAUCAAUACACCAAAGAGGUCGUUAUUAAGAAGAUACCGCGGCUCGAGUCCGUAAAGGAGGCGGUGGAGAUAUCUAAAAAUCUGAAAGUGAAAAGUGUUAAGGACAGUGACGUUGCAGUGACAAAGCUGGGAUCUAAUCCGUCUAUAUCUGUCAGACAGUUGUUCCCCGGUGAGGAAGAUCUGCCGCUGAACGCCCACAUCGAUUUCCACAGCGUGAAGGAGAAAACACCCGAGGGCUGGGAGAAGUGCAGUUCUGUAAUUCAGUACGACACAGAAACCAAACAGUUGUGGAACGAAUUGCAGAAACCGUACGGCAACCAAAGCAGCUUCAUCCGGCAUUUAAUACUGCUGGAGAAGUACUUCCGAAACGGGGAGCUGGUGCUUUCGUCGAAUGCUAGUCAUCGCGCAAUAAACUACAGUGAGUCGGUGCAGAAUCGACUACGUGCCUUCGACAACAUGCCCUCGAACGCCAACGUUCAACCGUUCAGCAUGAUGCAGUUCAACCGCGCCCACAAGAGCCAAAGCGGAAUAAUCACCAGCAGAAAGGAACCGGUUACGUUAACUGCCAUCCAGAGCAAAAGCACAAUCACCUCCCAACUCAACAGUCCUCCAUUAAUCCCCCCAAACACGUACCUACAAAACGCUGUCAAACCUAAAACCAGCGCCGCCCCACCAGGACUAAUUUCGCUCAAUUCCGGCGGUAAUGCCAGACCGAAUGCCCCUCAAAUGAAAGUACAACAGUCACAAAAAAUUAAAUUCCCCAUCACCAAAAACUGGCGUCCCAACCUAAUACCCAUCGACCCCAACAAGAAACAGGAGAGGAAACAGGGACUGGUGCAGGUGAUCUCCGGAGGCAAGCCUUAUCACAUAACCUUCGAGGACUACAAGAAAAUGUGUGCGAUCAAGCGCACGUUCGAAAUGCGCGAGAAGAAACGUCUCCAAGAAGCCCAGAACUCGAAGCCGAUAAUGGUCACACACAAUUCCGUACUCAAGUCCAUAGUGCCUAGGAAGGGUCUGAUCAUAUCCAGAACCACCGGCGUCAUAAAAACUGAACCCGUGGACCCCGCGGAGAGUGAGACUCCGCUGGAAAAACUGGACAAACACGUGGGAAACAUCGGUGUGGUGGGGAAGUUGGCGGAGCAGAUGCCAAAAAUUCCGAAAUCGUUGACGGUCAUUCCGACCGUGGCCAAAAAGCCUUCGCGACCUUCAAGUCCCGUUUUGAUAAUCACACCGAAGACAAGUAACAAGUCAUGAUUACAUCUGACUGAAUUUGUUCAAAGUGCCUAUACACGUAACUUAUACCUUUUAGUUGUUGAAGUAACAUUGCGUAUCACAUAGGACUCAUGAUUGUUUCCGUUUAAAUUAUUUUAAACAAAAAACUCUUGGCUAAUGUUUUACUGCUUUUUGGAGCGUUGUUAAAGAAACUAUUGACACAAUUAGAUAAUAUUUUUUUAAAAUAUUGUAUAUACAUAAAAAUCUGAAAUUUGUACAUUGUUGAUUAAAGCAGUUUUUCCACAGCAAUAAGUUGCGGCCCCGAAUUACCGAGACCAAAAGGGUAUACCCUAAUUGUUACUUUUUUGUACAUUUAUCAUUCAAGUAGGAUGUUGAUUUUUUUAAAAGUAUCAUAUAUAUUUUCUAAGAUGUAUGAUAAUCAGUACUUAUUUAUAUAUGUUCAUUUUACCAUAUUCACCAGUCUUCUGUGGAUACCUGAUUUUCCAAAAAAUGUAGGCGAAGAAACUUUGAUAUGGGUAAUUUGUAGAUUAUAUUUUUGGAACACCCUGUUUCCUUUGCCAAAUCAAACAAAUCCGGAUUUAUUAAUUAAACGUAAGACGCUGAUUAUUUAUCGAAAAUGUUAACGAUGGUCCAGUUUUUUUAUGGGCAGCUUUUUUUUUAAUGAUUAUAUAAAUACUCAUGGAUGAUCAGCACAAACAUUAAUAAAUGUCCGGAUUUGUGUUUUUUAAUCUGUUUAGACGUGCAUUCGUUUUCAGAAAUUUGUUUGUAAAUAUGGAUAAAAUAUACAAAAAACUUGUUUCCAAAUGUUAGAUUAUAUAAGUACAAAUUUAAUUUUUUCUACAUUGGAAAAUCCUUUUAAUGUUAAAUCAGUUAGUUUUUAUAAAGUUGUUUAAUUAAAAUAAUUAUAUAAAGUUGUAUGUUUGCUUCAUAAAUUUAAAUGUUGAUGUAUAACAAUACAAACUGCGUAUGUACGUAGUGUUGUAACAAGAAGAAAAUUCAAGAGUUUAUUUUAAUAUACACAGGUGCUUUCAAUGACAUUUCAAUCUAAUAUAUUUUUACUGGUCUGUAUUACUUCCUGAUGCUUCCCAAAUGUAUCAAUUCAUUUACAUUUAAAGGUAUUUAACUAAUUUAUUUUGCAAAGGAUAGUAUGCUCAUAUAUAAUAACCACGUAUAUAAGUAUCUUUAUUUAUUUAAAUUUAGCAUUUUUUACAUUUCAUCUCGGAUGUACUGUUUUUUUUUUUAAAGUUGAUAGAUUUGCUGGGUCAAAUCGGUUUCAAAUUGAUUUGAGCCUGUAUAGGUAUGUGAGAAUAAAAAAGGCUGAGUUAAAACUGUUAUUCUUUCGUAUAAAUUAAUGCCCAAACUUUUAGUUUUUUUGUAUAUAAAUAAUACAAUUAUGGGCUAUAUUACAAAUAAAAUUAUUUACAAUAAAA